CUUUGUUUCUUCCUCUGUCUCCUUCUCCACUCCAAAAAUCACUACCAAACAUCGCUUGUUCCAAGUGCCAACCGAAACCACCCCCAACCCCACACCCUUCUUCUUUAACAUAUCAAUAAUAAGCCCCUCUAUUAAUUUCUUCCCAAGCCACAGCAUCAAUGUUUUUCAUUGGCACACAAAAUCUUUAGCAAACCCAACCCCUUUUCUUCCUCCCACUAUGGCUUCUACUCUUUCCCAAGUCUUUAGGGACAACCCUCUCCCCCUCAACCAUAUCAUCCCCCUGGACUUCACCUCCGUUCAUUCUCUACCUGAAUCUCACGUGUGGCCUGCUUUUGAUGGUUUCCCAUUUGGGACCACUUACCCUGGCGAAAAGUUCUCCAUACCCAUCAUCGACCUUAUGGACCCCAAUGCUGCUCAGCUUGUUGGCCAUGCAUGUGAGAAAUGGGGAGCCUUUCAACUUACUAGCCAUGGCCUCCCAUCUAUACUUACCGAUGAUGUUGAGUCUCAGACUCGACGGCUCUUCGCUCUCCCUGCUCAUGAGAAGAUGAAGGCCUUACGCCUCCCCAGUGGAGGCACCGGCUACGGCCAAGCUCGGAUAUCACCGUUCUAUCCCAAGUUCAUGUGGCAUGAAGGCUUCACGAUCAUGGGGUCUGCAGUUGAUCAUGCUAGAAAGCUUUGGCCUGAUGACUACAAAGGGUUUUGCGAUGUCAUGGAAGAUUAUCAGAAGAAGAUGAAGGAACUUGCAGAGAGUCUCUUACAUAUAUUUCUAGAAUCAUUGGACAUCUCCAAGGAAGAGUACCGGUCGACUACAAUUCAGCGUGGCCGCGAGGCCUGCAAUACUGCACUGCAGCUGAAUUCAUAUCCUCCAUGCCCGGACCCUAACCGAGCCAUGGGGCUAGCCCCACAUACAGACUCAUUGCUAUUCACUAUCGUCCACCAAAGCCACACAAGCGGCCUCCAAAUCUUGAGAGAUGGAGUUGGGUGGAUAACAGUGUUUCCUCUUGAAGGUGCACUUGUAGUCAAUGUUGGAGAUCUCCUCCAUAUUCUCUCUAAUGGUCGGUACCCCAGUGUUCUUCACCGCGCAGUGGUGAACCAGGCGGAGCAUCGGAUAUCCCUCGCAUACUUCUAUGGCCCUCCAGCUGAUUCCCUGAUUUCACCUCUCUGUAAUCUUGUGAGUUCCGGCCAGCAAGUAGUGGCUCCUCGUUAUAGAUCAGUGUCUGUUAAGGAGUACGUUGAUUUAAAGGAAAAGCACAAGGAGAAGGCACUCUCUUUGUUAAGAUUAUGAGUAGAGGAAGAAGAAGAAGAAGAUGAUGAUGAUGUAAAAGGAGGGGGUGGAGGUGGAGAUUUGAAAAAAAAAAAAAAUCAAUAAAAUCACAUGAAAUUAAUAUUUUUCUUUU